AUGCGCGCGGCGGAGCCACGGCCACGCGGAGAGCGCGUCCCCGCUGCCUCCCCGCUCCGCCCCGCGCAGGCGCAGCGGCGGCGCCUCGGCGGCUUCCGGGCGCGUUGGGGCCGCUCCGCCCUCUCUGCUGCCGCCGCCAUCAUGGUGUUCAAGCGCUUCGUGGAGAUCGGCAGAGUUGCCUUCAUCUCCUUCGGGCCACACGCUGGCAAGCUGGUGGCCAUCGUGGAUGUAAUUGACCAAAACAGGGCACUGGUGGAUGGCCCCUGCAGUGGUGUCAGGAGGCAGGCCAUGCCCUUCAAGUGCAUGCAGCUGACUGACUUUGUCCUCAAGUUCCCACACAGCGCUCGGCAGAAGUGUGUGCGACUUGCCUGGGAGAAGGAAAACAUAAAUGAGAAAUGGUCAGCGACAAGAUGGGCAAAGAAGAUUGAGGCCCGAGAAAAGAAAGCCAAAAUGACUGACUUUGAUCGCUACAAGGUGAUGAAAGCAAAGAAAAUGAGGAACAGAAUCAUCAAGCAUGAAAUGAAGAAGCUCCAGAAGAUCGCUGCUAAAAAAGCCAAGAAGCCUGGGAAGGCAGGGAAGGCACCAAAGGGCAAAAAGCCAGAGAAGGCACCCAAGGCCAAGAAGCCAGAGAAGGCACCAGCACCCAAGGCACAGAAGGCACAGAAAUAAAAUGAACUUCAUUAUGUGUAACUCUGUGUCCUUGUUCUAAUUUUAAAAUUACAAACAUUUGAUUUAAAUUUAAA